AUGGAACUCCCCUUUGUGUCCCCGGAAACUACCAACUUCCGUCGGUUCACUCCAGAGUCACUGGUGGAAAUUGAGAAGCAAAUUGCUGCCCAACAGGCAGCAAAGAAAGUCAAAAAGACACAUCAGAAGCAGAAGGACGAAGAAGAGAAGCCUCGGCCUCAGCUGGACUUGAAAGCCUGCAACCAGCUGCCCAAGUUCUAUGGUGAGCUCCCAGCAGAACUGAUCGGGGAGCCCCUGGAGGACCUAGACCCCUUCUACAGGACGCACCGGACAUUUAUGGUGCUGAACAAAGGAAGGACCAUUUCCCGGUUUAGUGCCACCCGGGCCUUGUGGCUAUUCAGUCCCUUCAACCUGAUCAGAAGAACAGCCGUCCAAGUGUCUGUCCACUCAUAUCCUUUGUGGUUCACUGUAUUUAUUACCAUCACUAUUCUGGUCAAUUGUGCGUUCAUGACCCAAAAUGAACUUCCAGAGAAACUUGAGUAUGUCUUCACUGGCAUUUAUACCUUUGAAGCUUUGAUAAAGAUACUGGCAAGAGGAUUUUGUCUAAAUGAAUUCACUUACCUGCGAGACCCGUGGAACUGGCUGGACUUCAGUGUCAUUUCCCUGGCAUACGUCGGCGCAGCCAUAGAUAUCCGAGGGAUCUCAGGCCUGCGGACCUUCCGAGUUCUUAGAGCUUUGAAAACCGUUUCUGUGAUUCCAGGGCUGAAGGUCAUUGUGGGUGCCCUGAUACACUCGGUGAGGAAGCUGGCUGAUGUAACCAUCCUCACCGUCUUCUGCCUGAGUGUCUUUGCCCUGGUGGGCCUGCAGCUCUUCAAGGGCAACCUCAAGAACAAAUGUGUCAGGAAUGGCACAGCUUCUGAUGAGGCUACCAAUUACUCCUCAUCCCCCAGGAAAUAUGAGUACAUUACAAAGGAAGGCACUUCUGAUACCCUGCUGUGUGGUAAUGGAUCUGAUGCAGGCCAUUGCCCUGAAGGUUCAAUCUGCCUUAAAACUGGUGAUAACCCAGAUUUUAACUACACCAGCUUCGACUCCUUUAUUUGGGCUUUCCUCUCACUGUUCCGCCUCAUGACACAGGACUCCUGGGAACGCCUCUACCAGCAGACUCUCAGGGCUUCUGGGAAAAUGUAUAUGGUCUUUUUCGUACUUGUCAUCUUCCUGGGAUCUUUCUACCUGGUCAACUUGAUCUUAGCUGUGGUCACCAUGGCAUAUGAGGAGCAGAACCAGGCAACGAUUGCCGAAAUUGAAGCAAAGGAGAAGAAGUUCCAGGAGGCUCUCGAGAUGCUCCGCAAGGAGCAGGAGGUGCUGGCAGCACUGGGGAUUGACACAGCCUCUCUCCACUCUCACAGUGGAUCACCGUUAGCCUCCAAAAAUACCAAUGAGAAAAGGUACAGGAUGAAGUCCAGAGUGUCAGAGGGCUCCACAGAUGAUAACAGAUCACACCAAUCUGAACCUUACAACCAGCGCAGGAUGUCUUUCCUAGGCCUCACUUCUGGGAGACGCCGGGCUAGCCAUGGCAGUGUGUUCCAUUUUCGAGCACCAGGACAAGACAUCUCAUUCCCUGAUGGUAUCACAGACGAUGGAGUCUUUUCUGGAGACCAUGAAAGUCAUCGAGGCUCCCUGCUGCUAGGUAGGGGUGCUGGACAGCAAGUCCCCCUCCCCAGGAGCCCACUGCCUCAACCACCCAACCUUGGCUCUGGGCAUGAAGAAGAGGGACACCCCACGCUGCCCAUGAGUGAGCUUGCUCCUGGAGCCACUGAUGUUUUGGCAUGCGAUGCAGGACAGAAAAAGACUUUCUUGUCAGCAGAAUACUUGAAUGAACCUUUUCGAGCCCAAAGGGCAAUGAGUGUUGUCAGUAUCAUGACCUCAGUCAUUGAGGAACUCGAGGAGUCAGAACAGAGGUGCCCACCCUGCCUGAUCAGCUUGGCUCAGAAGUAUCUGAUCUGGGAGUGUUGCCCCACGUGGCUGAAGCUUAAGACUUUUCUCUUUGGGCUGGUGACGGACCCCUUUGCGGAGCUCACCAUCACCUUGUGCAUUGUGGUGAACACUGUCUUUAUGGCCAUGGAGCACCACGGCAUGAGCGGCGGCUUUGAGUCCAUGCUGCAAACAGGCAACAUUGUCUUUACCACAUUUUUUACUGCUGAAAUGGUCUUCAAAAUCAUUGCCUUUGACCCCUACUAUUACUUCCAGAAGAAGUGGAAUAUCUUUGACUGCAUCAUUGUCACUGUGAGCCUGUCGGAGCUGGGUGUGGCCAAGAAGGGGAGCUUGUCUGUGUUGCGGACCUUUCGCUUGCUACGCGUCUUCAAGCUGGCCAAGUCCUGGCCAACUUUAAACACCCUCAUCAAAAUCAUCGGCAACUCAGUGGGGGCGCUGGGGAACCUGACUCUCAUCUUGGCCAUCAUCGUCUUCAUCUUUGCUCUGGUUGGCAAGCAGCUCCUUGGGGAGGACUACGAGCACUACCGACAUUUCAUCACUCCGCCAGGUGACGAUUGGCCCCGCUGGCACAUGCAUGACUUCUUCCACUCAUUCCUGGUUGUCUUCCGGAUCCUCUGUGGAGAGUGGAUUGAGAACAUGUGGGCCUGCAUGCAGGUCAGCGAGGAUUCCGUCUGCCUCGUCCUCUUCUUGACCGUGAUGGUGCUGGGGAACCUGGUGGUACUCAACCUUUUCAUUGCCCUGCUGCUGAAUUCCUUCAGUGCUGACAACCUCACAGCACCAGAGGAUGAUGGGGAGGUCAACAACCUACAGGUGGCCCUGGCACGGAUCCAGGUGUUUGGCCAUCACACAAAGCAGGCCAUUCGAAGCUUCUUCAGUAAGCCCUGCCAGCUCCCCUGGCCCAAAACAGGACCCACGCUGGUGGUGAAGCCCCCAGUGUCCAGCUCCAAAGCUGAGAACCAUACUGCUGCUGAUGCUGCCGUGGUGAGCCCUGGGCCACUGCCGGUUCUCAGAAGCUCCAGGGAGGACCACAGUGACUUUGUCACCAACCCUAAUGUGUGGGUCUCUGUGCCCAUUGCUGAGGGUGAAUCCGAUCUCGAUGAUGUGGAAGAUGAUGGUGAGCAGGGUGGUCAGAGCUCCUGGCAGAAAGUGAACCCCAAGGAGCAGCAGGAGCACCUGCAGCAAGUCAGGAGGUAUGAGGGCUACCUGGCAUCCAGGAGCCCAGGCUCUGGAACAUCCUCUGAGGACCUGACUCCAUACCUAGGUGAUAGGUGGAAAGACAAGGCUGUUCAUCAGAUCCCUGCAGAGGGGGUGGAUGACACGAGCAGCUCAGAGGGCAGCACAGUGGAUUGCCCAGAUCCCGAGGAGAUACUGAGGAAGAUCCCUGAGCUGGCGGAUGUCCUGGAGGAACCAGAUGACUGCUUCACAGAAGGCUGCAUCCGCCACUGCCCCUGCUGCCAAGUGGAUGUCACCAAGUUUCUGUGGGUGGUGGGCUGGCAGCUGCGCAAGACCUGCUACCGCAUCGUGGAGCACAGCUGGUUCGAGAGCUUCAUUAUUUUCAUGAUCCUGCUGAGCAGUGGAGCGCUGGCCUUUGAAGACUGUCACUUGGACCAGAAGCCUGUGGUGAAAUCUUUGCUGGAAUACACUGACAGGGUGUUCACCUUUAUCUUUGUGUUUGAGAUGCUGCUCAAGUGGGUGGCCUAUGGCUUUAAGAAGUACUUCACCAACGCCUGGUGCUGGCUGGAUUUCCUCAUUGUGAAUGUCUCACUGACAAGCCUCAUAGCAAAGAUCCUGAACUAUUCUGAUGUGAAAUCUAUCAAAGCCCUUCGGACCCUCCGUGCCCUGCGGCCCCUGAGGGCUCUGUCUCGAUUCGAAGGAAUGCGGGUUGUGGUGGAUGCCCUGGUGGGCGCCAUCCCAUCCAUCAUGAACGUCCUCCUGGUCUGCCUCAUCUUCUGGCUCAUCUUCAGCAUCAUGGGGGUGAACCUCUUCGCCGGGAAGUUCGGGAGGUGCAUCGAUAUCAAUAAAGGAUUCUCUCUUGUCAAUUCUUCAAUUGUGGGCAAUAUGUCUGAGUGUGUGAAUCAAAACAACACUGGCCACUUAUUCUGGGUUAACAUGAAAGUCAACUUUGAUAAUGUCGCAAUGGGUUACCUCGCACUUCUUCAGGUGGCAACCUUCAAAGGCUGGAUGGACAUCAUGUAUGCAGCUGUCGACUCUCGAGAUGUUGGCAGUCAACCCAAGUGGGAGUACAAUUUGUACAUGUACUUGUACUUCGUCGUAUUCAUCAUUUUCGGUGGCUUCUUCACACUGAAUCUGUUUGUUGGAGUCAUAAUUGACAACUUCAAUCAACAGAAAAAAAAGUUAGGGGGCCAGGACAUCUUCAUGACAGAGGAGCAGAAGAAGUAUUACAAUGCCAUGAAGAAGCUGGGCUCCAAGAAACCCCAGAAGCCCAUCCCUCGGCCCCUGAACAAGUACCAGGGCUUUGUCUUUGACAUCGUCACCAAGCAAGCUUUUGACAUCACCAUUAUGGUACUCAUUUGCCUCAACAUGGUCACCAUGAUGGUGGAGACCGAUGAGCAGAGUGAAGAAAAGACAAAAAUCCUCGGCAAAAUCAAUCAGUUCUUUGUGGCUGUCUUCACAGCAGAGUGUGUCAUGAAGAUGUUUGCCUUACGGCAAUAUUACUUCACCAAUGGCUGGAAUGUGUUUGACUUCAUCGUAGUGCUCCUUUCCAUUGGGAGUCUGGUAUUUUCUGCAAUUCUUACAUCAAUUGAAAGUUACUUCUCCCCAACACUCUUCCGAGUCAUCCGCCUAGCCCGAAUCGGCCGCAUCCUCAGGCUGAUCCGAGCAGCCAAGGGGAUCCGCACGCUGCUCUUUGCUCUCAUGAUGUCCCUGCCUGCCCUCUUCAACAUCGGGCUGCUGCUCUUCCUUGUCAUGUUCAUCUAUUCCAUCUUUGGCAUGUCCACCUUUCCCAAUGUGAGGAGGGAGGCUGGCAUUGAUGACAUGUUCAACUUCCAGACAUUUGCCAACAGCAUGCUCUGCCUCUUCCAGAUCACCACAUCCGCUGGCUGGGAUGGCCUCCUCAGCCCCAUCCUCAACACUGGGCCACCCUAUUGCGACCCUGACCUGCCCACCAGCUGUGGCUCCAAGGGGAACUGUGGAAGCCCAGCUGUGGGCAUCAUUUUCUUCACCACCUACAUCAUCAUCUCAUUCCUUAUUGUGGUCAACAUGUACAUUGCAGUGAUUCUGGAGAAUUUCAAUGUAGCCACUGAAGAGAGCACUGAGCCCCUGAGUGAGGAUGACUUUGACAUGUUCUACGAGACCUGGGAGAAGUUUGACCCAGAGGCCACCCAAUUUAUUACCUUUUCUGUCCUGUCAGAUUUUGCAGACACUCUCUCUGGUCCUCUGCGAAUCCCAAAACCCAAUCGGAAUAUAUUAAUCCAGAUGGACCUGCCCUUAGUCCCUGGAGAUAAGAUCCACUGCUUGGACAUUCUUUUUGCCUUCACCAAGAAUGUGCUGGGAGAAUCUGGGGAGUUGGAUUCUCUGAAGGCAAAUAUGGAGGAGAAGUUUAUGGCAACGAAUCUUUCAAAAGCAUCCUAUGAACCAAUAGCAACAACCCUCCGGUGGAAGCAAGAAGAUAUCUCAGCCACUGUCAUUCAAAAAGCCUAUCGAAGCUAUGUGCGGCACCGCUCCUUGACAGUCCGCAGCCCCUCGAGCAUUCCCAGGGCUGAGGAGGUUGCCAUAUCACUCCCGGAUGAAGGCUUUGUUGCAUUCAUGGCAAAUGACAAUUGUAUGCUCCCAGACAAAUCUCAAACUGCAUCUGCCACAUCUUUCCCACCAUCCUAUGACAGUGUCACCAGAGGCCUUAGUGACAGAGUUAACGUAAGCACAUCCAGCUCAAUGCAAAAUGAAGAUGAGGGCCCCAAUAAGGAGGUGACCACCCCCCGGCCCUAG